ACGCUUGCAACCUACCACCGUGUGUGGUUUAGGUAAUUUGCAGUUGCGACCCACCCGCGUAAUUUGUUAGUGAAAUGGUAGUGGGAGGGAUCAGACCAGACCAGACCAGGCCAGGAGUAUCUGCUGAUUUCCAUUCUCCUCUUUGACACACACACACACACACACACACACACACACACCGAUGGCGUCCCUAAAUCUAAUAGCAGCAGCAGUAGCAACCGGGGGGUUGUCCAGAAACCAAGCGCUCCCUAUCCCGAAAACCCCUAAUAAUAAAUCACCAUCGUUGGUAAUGGUGUCCUUGGAAAUUAGACACAGAUCGGUUUAUCAAACACAGAGAUGUGGGACAGUCAAGGCCUCAGGAGGAGGAGGCAGUAGUGGGUCGGGUCUUUACUCGGCCCAGACAUUCGAACUCACUGCUCAGAACGUGAAUAUGGUGCUGGAGGACGUUCGUCCUUACCUUAUCGCCGAUGGUGGGAACGUCGACGUCGUCUCCGUCAACGACGGUGUCAUCUCUCUCAAACUGCAAGGAGCAUGUGGUAGCUGUCCUAGCUCAACGACAACAAUGAAGAUGGGGAUUGAAAGGGUACUGAAGGAAAAAUUUGGAGAUGCAGUCAAGGAUAUUCGCCAAGUAGAUGUUGACCCAAUAAGUGAAACAACGGUUGAGGCGGUCAAUGGACAUCUUGACAUAUUGAGACCAGCCAUUACGAACUUUGGUGGGAGUGUAGAAGUAUUAUCUGUGGGGGGCGGAGAUUGCCUUGUAAAGUACAUGGGGCCUGAGUCCAUUGGAUCAGGAAUCAAAGCAGCGAUCAAGGAGAAGUUUCCAGACAUAACAAAUGUUGUGCUAUCUGGUUAGGCUGCUCUGAAUCUUGGAAGCUGAGGGAAGAAGGUAACAUGAAUUUUGUUGAACAUACUUCAUGAGAUGGGUAAUAUUUUAAGCACCGUGAUGGAAUUCUGUUUCCAAUUUCUCAAUGUCUAUACAAGUACGAAUAUCCUGUAUACAGAAUUUAUAUUCCCUUUGUCACCAGCAUUGGCUUUCACUGCUCGAUACAAAAUUCCCUUCUUAUUCA